AUCGUUGAGAUCAGGAUGGAAGGAAUACUAGUGAUACUCUCUGUUUGUUUUGUUUUAUCUGCUGCCCAAGUUCCAGGGUUAGGACCAUGUCCAAAAACACAGCCACAGAAACAUUUAGAUCUCACAAAAUAUUUAGGUAAAUGGUAUGAACUGUACAAACUACCUAAUUUAUUUGAAAACAAACAAGAAUGUGUAACAGCGAAUUAUUCAAUGAAAGCUGAUGGUCAUAUCAAAGUUUUAAACAGUGGAAUAGAAGAAGGUAAAACAGUAUUUGCUGAAGGAGAUGCUUACAGACCAGACAAUAAUAAUGAAUCUAUAUUAUCUGUAAGAUUUGCCGCAGGUACACCCUAUGCUCCGUACUGGGUCUUAGAUACUGACUAUACUAGCUAUUCCUUAGUAUUCUCUUGUGAACAACUCGGCAGCUUCGCUCAUGUUAAAUUCUUAUGGCUUCUUAGCAGAACUCCUACCAUUGAUCCUGCAGUAAAAAGCAGAUUGUUCAAAAGACUUGAAAAGGAUGGAAUUGGUAUUGUUGAUGUGGCUCCAACUAACACGGCUUCUUGCCUGUAAAUCUGGCUCUUGUCUGGUUGUACAUAUUCUGUAAAUAAAUUUGUUUAAUGUU